GUACAGUUGUCGCUUGCAUCACAGGUGUCAACAAAACAGGCUGCGACCAAAAAUAUUGAAGUCACAUAUCUGUUAAAAUAUAUAUAUAUAUACAAAUAUAUAUUAAACUCGGAAUAAGGGCUAUGGCACAGGACGAGCUAACGGGCUGAAGAUAAUGGAGUAACGUUAAUAACAGGCGCUUGUUCAGUUAGUUGCACACUGUCGGCUGAAGGAGUCCGAGGGCAGCCGUUGCCGUGGAGCACAUUUCUGCACAUUCAUGCAGGUUUAGGCUGUGGAGUAGCUGUUAGGAGCCAUGUUCGUGCAAGAAGAGAAGAUAUUCGCAGGGAAAGUGCUGAAGAUCCACAUCUGCACCAUGGAGGGCGCGGAGUGGCUGGAGGAAGUGACCGAAGACACCACCAUAGAGAAGCUCAAGGAGAAAUGCUUGAAGCAUUGUACCCAUGGGAGUUUAGAAGAUCCUAAAACACUCACACACCACAAACUCAUUCAUGCAGCUAGUGAGAGAAUUCUCACGGAAACCAAAACUGUUGCAGAUGAAAACCUUAAAGAUAAAGAUUGUCUUUUAUUGAUAAAGAAGAGGCCACAGCCAGUAAGUGCAAAAAUGGCGGACAUAGCUGCUGAAGAGAAGAAGAAGCAGGAGACCAAGGCUCCUGAUAAGGACGCUAUUCUCAAGGCCACAGCAAAUCUGUCUACUCGCCACUCUGACCGCACCGUCACUCAACAUAACAUCAGAGACUUUCAGACAGAACUGAGGAAAAUUUUAGUGUCACUGAUUGAAGUAGCCCAGAAAAUUCUCGCUUUAAACCCAGAUGCUGUUGAGCUCUUCAAGAAGGCCAAUGCCAUGCUUGAUGAGGAUGAGGAGGAGCGGGUGGAUGAGACCGCCCUGCAGCAGCUAACGGAGAUGGGUUUCCCAGAGAGCCGUGCUAUCAAGGCACUACGUUUAAACCAUAUGUCUGUGACACAGGCUAUGGAAUGGCUGAUCGAGCAUGUGGAUGACCCCACAGUGGACAUGCCCCUUCCAGGCCAGGAGGCUCAAGGAGGAGCUGGUGCAGCAGCGGCAGCAGCUUCUGCGUCUGCAGGCCCCUCUCUCUCUGCCACAGGGGCUUUAGCACGCACCCUUUCCCAGUCAAGCUCUGAGGAGUCUAAGCAGGAUGAGCUGACAGAGAUCUUCAAGAGGAUCCGUAGGAAAAGAGAGUUCAGGCCAGACUCACGGGCAGUGAUUGCACUGAUGGAAAUGGGCUUUGAUGAGAAGGAAGUGAUUGAUGCACUUCGUGUCAAUAAUAACCAGCAAGAUGCUGCUUGUGAGUGGUUGCUUGGUGACAGGAAGCCUUCCCCUGAGGAGCUGGACAAGGGUAUCGAUACUAACAGCCCCCUUUUCCAGGCCAUUUUGGAAAACCCUGUGGUACAGUUGGGACUGACUAACCCUAAAACACUCCUGGCUUUUGAGGACAUGCUCGAGAACCCUUUGAACAGCACACAAUGGAUGAAUGACCCUGAGACUGGUCCCGUUAUGCUCCAAAUCUCCAGAAUCUUCCAGACACUCAACCGCACGUAGAGCACACCUCAUCACCAGAGCUGCUGCAAAGAGGACAAGGUUAUUCAUUUAUAAGGGAAGUGUGUGUGUGUGUGUGUGUGUGUGUGUGUGUGUGUGUGUGUGUGUGUGUGUGUGUGUGAGACUGGUAUGAUUUAUGUUGAAAAGUCACAGGAAGCAGUGAAUGUAACAGUAACAACAGGAUGAAAUUUUCAGUUUUGAAUAUUCUACAGAGAAAGAUAUCUAUUUAUAACUCAACAGAACACUUGUAAAAAACAUAUGUACACAGUAAUUUAAGAAUAACUAAAAGCUAGCUUCAUUAUUUUGUUUUUUACAUUUUAAUAAGAUCUGUUUUUAAUUAUAUUAAGUACAUAUUUUAUUUUAUAUACUUUGUCCUUAUGUAAAUGAACAUCGGGCAUCCGGAAAAAAAUAUAUGUUUACACUUCAAAAAACACUUUUUUAUAUGUACCAUGACGUUCAAAUAUCAAUCUAACACAGUUAUUAGUCUCUACGAAUGGUUACAUCUCGUCAAAGUGAGUGUUCCUGGUAAGAGAUGAAUAACCUAUAUCAGCUUUAUGUUUGUUUAGAGAACAGUAUGUGAAACUACAGUUCUUUUUUUCUGCUGUAAAACCUAAUUUCCUUUUGGAAAUGCAAGCAUCAGUCAUUAGUACUUCAUUUGAAGAACAUAACAGCUACAUUAUCUGACAGCAUCACAAAUAUUAUACAAUCCUUAUGUUGUGGUGUGCCAUCAGAAAUAAUGCAAUGCCUAUUUUCAGUCUUUUAGUAUGUAGAUGGUAGGCAUUUGUGAAUUUGCCAUUUACAGCUUAUGGCCUUUUUCUGGUGCUCUUUGAGGAUGCUUUCUCCUAGUCUCAAGUGUCAUGAGUUUUGUCAUAGAUCUGGAAGAAUUGAUCGAUUCUUGCUCCGCCAACAAACACAUUCUUUUGUAGCAGCUGUUUACAGAGUGUUGUCUUAGUGAUCUUAAUUUGAAAUUGUAACCUAGUUUGGCUACAAUAUAAUUCAUAUGGACCUAUACAGGGUUUGUUUACUGAUGCUGUUAGGGGUAUAACAGUAAAAAUAAAUUGGCUAUUCGAUUUGAUAUGAUACAAUGGUUUCUCAAUUCGCUGCAUUUUUCAGUAGAGAAAGAAUUAGCAGUUGGGGGUUAGGUGUCUUGCUCAAGGACACCUCAGUCAUGGACUGUCGGCCCUGGGGAUCGAACCGGCAACCUUCCGGUCACAGGGCCAGAUCCCUAACCUCUAGCCACGACCUGGCUACCCUGCUGAAGUUGACUGUGUUGGAGCUAUUCAAAACUAGAUAGGUUGUAAAUGACAGUGACAUAGACUUUGCUACCAUGUAGAUGUUAGUUUGUAGACAUAUAAGAUAAAUAUGAUUUAAAUGAAUGUGCUCUAAUUGCAGAUACUUUGACAAAAACUUGUAAUCUGCUGACUGUUUAUCAUGUGUUGAAUGGGGUUUUCCCCAACAUUAAUGUAAAGCUUCUCCAGCCCAGCAUCAGUUACUACAAAAGAAUGCUUUUUUUUUUUGGUUGAAGCAUGACAGUUACAUUAUCACUAUAAACACUAUUCAGACCAAAUAUGGUUCGGAUUUGUGAGCGGAGCAUGGGUAGGUCUGUUCUUCAAUGGAAGCAAGUGUUGGUUGUGUACACCAUAUGCAAAGAGAGAAGGCAGUUCGUAACGUAUCUGAAGAUGUUUGAUUUACUGAAACACAUACAUAAGAGAACAUUCUUUUGUGGGUACAAUAUGCCCAGACUGAACAUGGAUCUCAUAGUUUCUGGAUCAGCAUGCUUCAAACAAAAUAUUAUUUUUUGAUUUGUUUGGUACAAAUUCAUUUUUUCAUGCCUGUGAACAUUUUUACACAGUUGUGGCUUUUUAAAAUUGGUUGUGCUACAUCCAUUUCCUGUUUCUUGAUGCAGGUUAUAAAGGUCUAUCAAGAGAAGUAUAAAUAAUUUGUGCUAUGAAUGUCAUGUCUUAUUUUCCCUCUUUAAAUACAUUGCACAGAAAAAUCAUAUCACAAUCUUGCUACAAUAAAUUCUCUAGAACAGUCUGGCUGAAAUGCUAUGCAACGCAGAGUUCAAUAUUUUCAAUAUUAGCAGGCAAUUUGCAAAGUGGAUUUGUUUGUGCUGGUAAAGUAUGGUUGUUUAAUUUGAGCUUCCCUUAGUUCUGCCAUGAUGUUGUAUGUUAAAUGAAAUCCACUUAGCCACACAUGUCCAAUAGUCGAGUAUUGAUGAGAUUUUGGAGCAGAGCUUAAUAGAAAUGGAAAUCUAAGGUGGCAUUGACUUUGGAAAGUUACUCUUUUAUCAGAACUCUUACCUUGGAACUAUUAUACCAAAGUAAUUGUGACUUUUUCUCUAUUUGGGUGUGAUGUGUGCACGUGUAAACAAAACAAAAAACAAAACAAAAAACAAAACAAAAAAACAUGGCUUUGCUUCUCCCCCCUUUUUUUGCAAGCCUGUGAGUUUUUUCACCCAGUAUUGGAAAUGGUUGUGAUGUGUACGCUCAGGGGGUUUAGAGAUAUACCGCAGGGCAAAAGCUACUGUUGCAGUAGUCUGAACUAUAUUCAGUGAGCGAAAAAAUGUUGGAAAUGUAAACUUAGCAAGAUUAACAAUAGCUUAGAGAUUGUAAUAUGUGAAUUUAUUUAAAAGCUCUUACCUUUGUGUCCUAUUUAUUCUUAAGCCAAAUACAUUCUGUUGUCUCUGAAAACACUCACUCAGUCCAGCUAGGCAUUUAAGAGAGACUAUUGUUACUAUCCUCAUGUCUUAGUAAUGCAACUCAACCACUUCAUUGUCAAUCAUGCAUUUUCCCAUUACUCAGUAAAACUGUGGCUUCAGGUUUAUUUCAAGCAUGAUGUUCUGGGAAUGAUACUCACUGUUUGGAAGCAACCACUGCAGCUUUCAAGAGCAAUAUGAGUUUGUCUUUUUUUUUUUUUUUUUUACUGAAACAAUUAGAUGCAAGUUGUUUUUGUAGACCUGUCAAUAACAGGAUUAUAUGCAAUACUCAUUUUCCCUCACUUAAGCAGAAUAGUCUUCACCAUCAUCACAGUCAUCAGAAAGAAUAUAUCAUACAUUUCUCCAUAAUGUGUGCUUUAAUCCAACUAGGUCUAUUAUGGUAAUGUGACCACUGCGUGAAACAUUAUUGGUGCCUCCAGCUAAAAUGAUCUGUCAAUGUCUGUUCUGGUUUAUUGGCUGAAGCAGUGCCGCUCUGAGUUUGGAAUUUUGCAUCUUGUAAGAAGCGGUUAGUUAAAAAGCUUGACCAUCACUGGUAGAGUGUCAGUGUUAUAAUCCAAGAAUCAUGUCACAGUUACGGUGAUGCAAUUUUGUAAUAUGGGAAGGAUUUCUGUUUCUUGAAAUCUGUUAUCACACUGUCAUUGUCUCGAUAUGGAAAAAAAAACCCCAUCAUUUUCCAUCAGUGUGUUCACGCUUCACCUAUUUAGAAGUGAAAAGCCUUGUUUUUGUAUUAUUACAAAUAAAAAGGUUUGGAAUUUAUCAUA